AGUGUAAAAAUGGCUGACAUUACGAAGCUGCGAUACUCGCCGCAAUGAUCUAAUUGUAAAACUUGGUUUCAUCGAGUCGUUCUCUUUCUUUCAAGAUAUGCUCGAUGUAUACCUCAGUCAUUUUAGCAGUGUUAGACUGAGUUUUGGACAGGGGACUGCAAUGGCCACCAAACCAGAUUCGGUCCAGGGAUUGCACUGUCCAAUGUGUCUCGAUGUCAUCAGGGACGCGACCAUCCUCUGCUGUGGACAUUCCUUUUGCAGGGACUGCCUGGAAGCAUAUGACAAACAGCACAAGGACCUGAAACACAUUGUCUGUCCAGUCUGCAGGAAGUCCACCAAGCUUGACAAGGACCGCAUCGCGGGAUUAACGCCCAACUUCCUGGCCAAGGGACUUGAGGAUAUCCUAAAGGUCGAAGACGGAGAAAAUAUUGAAGACGCGUGUUCAAAAGUCUGUCCAGUGCACAGUGACAUCUACCAAGAUAUAUACUGUCAGGCUUGUACUAAGUUCAUCUGUCUCUCAUGUUUUAUUGACUCUCAUCAAGGUCAUAAGAUUAAGAAAAAGGAGGAGCUUGAGCGGGAGCUAAAGAUCAGGAAAGAAGCUGUUCUGCAGAGAAGCAAGAUACGAAAGACUCAACUUGAGAAGCAUUUGAGUGAAGCUGACCAACAAAGAGAGCAACUGAAAUCCCACCUGGGUAGUUUGGAGAUGAAAGUCAUGGAUUCCUUUGCCAUCAAAGUUGAUAUUCUUCAGCGAAAUAAAGAAGAGUUGCUAGAAAAGAUAAAGGGUCUCAAAGUAACUUCUGACAGGGUGUUCGGGCAUUGCGUUUCUCAGUGGAGGGAAGUGAUGGACAGGAUAGACCAGUCUAGCAAACUUUUGAUAAGUCAUUCAAAGAAGCAUCUUGAUCCGAAUAUGAUUGAAGGGGACAAUCUUAAAUGCGACGAUCUAGAAAAAGCAUUGGCUGAAACGGCGGGUGAGGAAACUUCAGCUUGUGCAGCACAAUUAUUGAAUGAUGUAGCGGCCCUACAAUUCAGUCCUGCUGAUGAUAAGCUUCUUGACCUAGGCUGUAUGGAUUCUGGUCAGAAGGACAAUUUGAAUGGCAGUCAGAACAUGAAUGUGGCUUCUUUAGUAUCUGAAGAGUCCAGUGUUCCGCAGGCUAGCAGUACAGAAACCUUGAAUUUUCUUCUGAAUCCCGUGAAAGAAGGAAAGGGAAAAAGGAAACGUUUGAGGUACAGGAAAAGAGGUAAGCAAGCUACAAGGAUUGAUCCCCCAUUUCCAGAAUAUGUGCGGCUUUCAAAGUCUAUGAAAAUUGUUAUGGCAAGGGGCUUCUCUUCCCAGGAAGGUCGCUUGUUUGGACUUGCAGCUCUCACAAAAGAUUCAGUUGUUCUCGGUUAUGCCAUGGACCGAAAGGGUUGUGACCGCUUCACUCUCUCUGGUAAUGAGUCUCCAUACUUUGGUAGUCAGGUAGGCGAUGUCUAUGAUGUGGCAUUCCUGUCUGAUGGUCGGACCAUCAUCUCAAAGCACGGAAAUGAGUUCUUUCUAUACAGCUCCUGUUCCAGUAAUGGAGUUAGAUUUACUUUGAAGCAACCUGAUGGGGGAUUCGUUCGAGUAUGCACUGAUAUUCAUGAUAACAUUUAUGCUGUCAAUAUCAAUCACGAGAUCUGCAUCUUCCGCGCCAGUGACGCUAACCCACAGAAAGUGAUCCCCACCGGGGGAAUCCGGCCAAAGCAGAUCAGCGUUACCAAGACUGGCAUAAUGAUCACCACUACCGGAGACAUCCAACCUAGCACGGUCACAGUCUUUGACCAGGAAGGGCGUGCCGGAACCUCCAUCGUCGCUACAAAGGACUUUGAGUAUGUGUACGCCACAGUGGACAGCCAGGACCGCGUCUUGGUAGCCACAGUGCACAGUGGUUCAGACAAGAUAGUACUAACCAGGUACAGGUUGCAGGGUCUCCAGCUUGUAAAGGAAGUGAUCUUUGCUCCUGUUACAAUGUCCUGUCCAAUCUAUUCCAGUAUGUUCUUGAGUUCCUUCUUUUAUAUUGUCAGCCUUAGCCCGGCCAUGGUUGCAGUUGCGACCAGGCACCAUCUCUACUUCAUAGAGCUUCAAGCGUAGCUAUGAUGUGUUCUGGUCGACUGUCCCCGACUCCCCUAGUCCAACUAAUGGUAUUCUCCACUCAUUCCAACAAAAGUUUCUCCAAACAGACCGAUGGUAUUUCAUUGGAAAUAGAAUAAUGGCUUUUGUCGGUCUAGAGUCUGUUUCAUCUGUAUGACGGCAGUUUAGCGCCAACCAUAGGGUUGCUGAACAUAACCCAUGAACGAUUUCAUUUCUUCAUGUUAGCAUUCUAGGUAAAGUGUGUUCUACCUUGUAUUCCAAGGACUGUGUCUUAUCUUUUCCUCUAUGUUUAAUUACUCUCUACCAAAUUGUUCCUAAUGUUGUAUGUUUCACCAAGUGCAGUGACUCCAAACCUACCUAUGGGAUGUC